AUGCCAUUGAAGACAUUUAACGUUGAGAAUAUUUCAGAAAUAAUUGCAGAACAACUAACUCCAGAAUCAUUUCUGCCAUAUGGGGGAGUCAUUAGUGCUGACCAUCAAAUAAAAAAUGUCCAAAGUUCACAAGCCAAUUAUGGCACCGCUAUUAAGAUUCAUAAAGUAGCACCUAUUAUUAACAAUUACAAGAAUUGUCCCAGUGGUGAGAAAGAAACAGCGAAUUGGAAUAUUUUCAGAUGCACUGCUCCAAAGCAUUUAAUUAAACAUAGUAGUACCAAGUCAACAUACACAUCCAAGGUGUUAGAAAGACAUCCAUAUUCCACACAAACGUUCUUGCCUUUAGGUCAGGAUUUGCAUAAAAUAUCAUAUUUGGUUAUAGUUGCUAAAACAGAUACUUCAACAAAAGACAAAUUACCAGAUCCAUCACUGGUCAAAGCAUUUAUUUGCAAAGGAAAUCAAUCUAUUACGUAUGGAGUGGGAACUUGGCAUGCACCAAUGGUUGUUAUUGAUGAAGACAUCCCAUAUAUCGACUUUGCGGUUUUUAUACACGAAAAUGGGGUAGUGGAAGAGGAUGUACAAGAGUGUUACUUUGAUCCUGGUUAUCAAAUAGUGUACAAAAAAGUUACCACAGCAAAGUUGUAA